AUGGGAAACCACACAGUAACAGCAUUCAUUCUACUGGGACUGACAGAUGAUCCACACCUUCAGGGUCUGCUUUCAAUAUUUCUAUUUUUUGCCUACUUAUUAAGUGUAACUGGGAACCUGACUAUCAUCUUACAUACAUUAGUAGACUCUCAUCUUAAAAUACCAAUGUACUUUUUCCUACAAAAUUUUUCCUUCUUAGAGAUCUUGUUCACAUCAGCUUGUAUUCCUAGAUACUUAUAUAACCUAUCAACAGGGGACAAGACUAUUACCUACUGUGCUUGUGCCAUGCAAGCAUUUUUUACUGAUCUUUUUGGAGUAACUGAAUUUUUUCUCCUGGCCUCCAUGUCCUAUGACUGCUACGUGGCCAUCUGCAAACCCCUGCAUUACAUGACCAUCAUGAGCAGCAGAGUCUGCAGAAGAUUCAUCCUUUCCUGUUGGAUGGCUGGCUUGUUAAUCAUACUCCCACCAUUUAGCUUGAGCCAAAAGCUGGAAUUCUGUGACUCUAAUAUCAUUGAUAGCUUUCUCUGCGAUGUAUCUCCCUUCCUGAAGAUUUCAUGCUCAGACACGUGGGUCAUUGAGCAGAUGGUUAUAGUCUGUGCUGUGUUGACCUUCAUCACAACUCUUCUUUGUGUACUGCUCUCCUAUGUAUAUAUAAUCAAGAGUAUUGUAAGAUUCCCUUCUGCCCAGCAAAGUAAAAAAGCCUUUUCGACCUGUUCUUCCCACAUGAUUGUGGUUUCCAUCACCUAUGGAAGCUGUAUCUUCAUCUAUGUCAAACCUUCAGCAAAAGAAUCAGUGGCUAUUAAUAAGGCUGUAAUAGUACUAAUUACUUCCAUUGCUCCUAUGUUGAACCCCUUCAUUUACAUCUUGAGAAAUAAGCAAGUAAAACAAGCCUUUAAUGACUCAAUCAAAAGAAUCACCCUAGUCUUUAAGAAGUAA